ACAUCACUUGUCAAUAUAGAAGUUUAUUUUUGUCCAAUCAAAUACCGCCAAACGUUUAGUGCUGAACUGUAAAACAGGAAGUAAAUCGUUGACCUUACCCGAAGUCUUUUGGAUAGAAAUGAAUAUCUUACCCCAUAAAAGUUGGCAUGUGCGGACAAAGAAGAAUAUCGAGAGAGUUCGUAAAGAUGAAGAGAAAGCUGCUGAAGAGGAGAAAGAGAGGCUGAGGAAGAUUGCUCUUGCUGAGCAAGAAGCCAGAACUGACUUGCUCCGAAAGCGAGCCAAGUUGCGUAUUGAAGAUGCCCCCACGGAUCAGCUAGAGGAAGGACCCAUUCAGGGAGAAGGGGAGCUGAGGGGGGUGGCUGGGACAGGAGGGGGAGAAGAGACUGAGUCAUCAGCUGUGGUAGAGACGGAUGAACUGCCCCGACACAUCAACUUUUUCAAGGAGAUAGAAGAUGGGAUGAAGAAACACGGUACCAAUGCAGAACAUGAGGCGGAGAAGAAGGCUGAGAAGGAGAAGUGGGAGAAGAGCAUCGGCUUGUUGACAUACCUGGGUCAGAGUGCAGUGGAGACUCAGGAAUCUGCCCCCUGGUAUCUGGUGCCACAGAAGAGGAAGAGGAAGCGGGAUGACGAGGAAGAAGAGGAGGAGGAAGAGAAGAAAUUUGAUUUGAAGUCCAUGAAGGAACGUAAAAGACAAGAACACCUGGACCCAAUGAACAAGAUGAAAGAAUUUGUCCACAAGAAAAGACACAAGCACCACAAGGAAAAGAAACACAAGCACCACAGCAAGGAUAAUCAUCGCCACAGCAAGGACAAGGAUCGGCACAGCAAGGACAAGAAGAAAAGCUCCAGCAGCGGCAGCUCCAGCCGGACCAUGGAUCAGCUACGUGCAGAGCGGUUGCGGAGGGAGGCAGAUGAGAGAAAGAAGACGCAGAUGCUGAUGGCAAGGUUACGCGGAGACGCACCUCCCGAACCUGUGGAAGAACCUGUUAGUGAUCGGCAACGGAAAUAUAACUCCCAGUAUAAUCCAGAGUUUGUUCGGCAGCCGAAGAAGAAAUCCAGACCAUCUGAUGUGUAUGACUAAGUGGCAAAUAUACAUGACAGUUUAGUAUUUGAUGGAUCCUUGAAGGAGACUGUUUCAGUGGAAGUAUUAUCAGUUGGGGAUUUUAUGUGUGCAUGAUUGAUUGAUGCUGGUCGUCAAUAAAAUACCACUUUGAAUUAA